UUUGUAAAUCCUCUUUACCUCGCUUGGCAGGUUGCUUCAGGCCUCGACACAUCAGCAUCGUUUACUUUGACACCGUAUGCCACAGAUCAAGUACUACUCAAGCAGGAAGAGCAAUUGUGGGCCAGUCUUUUUGCUCCCUCGGAACGUGCAGUGGUAGAAUCGGCCAAGGGCUUCACAGCUCAGUUGCGGGAGAUGAGUCAGCAAGUGGAAGCGACCGCAGAUGAGGCAAUGAUGGAGUUGCAUUCCAUGGACCUCGAGGACAAAGCGCAAGAAAACAUUGACAACAUCAAUGCCGUAUCACUUGAGGAAGUAAGUUCUAAGAGUAACUUUCUAAAAUAG